GUUUGGUGAGAAGAUUCCACUUUUCUGUGUCCAUUAAAUGGAACAUGUAACGACAAUGUAAAACCCGUACGCUCUGCACUUCUCUUAUAUCAAACUAAAUGCGUGUGUGACGCAGCGUCAUUUCGUACUUCCCUCAGUUUCUUUCGUUUCCGUUUAGUUACUUUUGCUUUCGCUUUAUCAUCAGUCUCAAUCGACUUUCCAAAGUUUCUAGAGGUCAACAACAAUAAUUGUUGUUUUUUUGCAUAUCGCUUUGUGGUUGGUAUUUAUUUGGAGCAGGAUGUAUUUAUUUAGAAGAUGCAGUUUAUUCAUUGCCAUUCAGCUACUGAAUAAAGUGGAAGCUAACUCAGAUACAAAAUAUGUGGAAGUAGGUAAAACAGCUGUUCUCUCACCGGGUCCUGUGACGGAUCCUUCCAUCAAGACCAUGACAUGGAAACAUGGAUCUGACAUCGCAGUCGAGUUGAUUGAUAACGAAAUUAACCCUUACCGACAGUUUAAAGGUCGCACUCACCUAAAUAAUGUGACUGGAGAGCUGACAAUCACAGGAGUGACUCGAACAGAAAGUGGCAGCUACACAUCAGAGAUCAACGACAAAGUCACCACCAGGACGACUCAGCUCCUGGUUAUCUCUCCUGUCCCUAAACCCACUGUCUCCACACGGUGUGACCAAGAGAGGACCUCCUGUACUCUCAUCUGUAAAGGCAACACCACAGACGCUGAACCAAUCACCUAUUCGUGGAAGUCAGGCGACAUGACACGGAACUCAACCACACAUUAUGAGUACAUUAUAACAAAGGAGGAGAAGGAGCCUUGGUUCAGCUGUGCGCUGCAAAACCCUGUCAGCUAUAAUAGCAGUGAUCAAACCCCAAACCCAUUCAAACCCGUCAACUCCAGCAAUCGGUAUUGGAUAUUCAUCUUGGUCCCAAUAGCUGCUUUGAUUCUGUGUAUCAUGUUUGUCAUUUGCAGAAUAAGAGCAUCAAGACGAGGCAUGUUCCGUAUGGGACAAUCACAACAGGGAAGAGAUGUUGAAGGGAUGUUUGAAGAGAGAUUAACAAUGAUGCCAAAUGGCCAAGUAACAUCCAACCGGGACCAACCGGUGGAUGAUCAGGCAGCAGAUCUACAAGAUAACCAUCAAGAUACCAACAAUAUAACAGAGAGGUCAACAACGGUUCCAGCGGUCCAAGACACAUCCAACCAGGACCCAGCAUCUGUUGUGACCCCAGAAACCAGCACUGAAACUGAGGUCCAAGAAACAUCUGCCCAGGACCCAACAUCUGUUGUGUCCCCAGAAACCGCUCAGGACACUGAGACGACAGCGAAGUCAGUGUCAAGUGACCAAGAAACAUCAAACCAGGACCAACCGGUGGAUCCACAAGAUAACCAGCAAACACCAAACCAGCAUCUGACCCCUGCUGUGUCUCAAGAUGCCAACAAUGUUACAGAGAGGUCAACAACUGUUCCAGCGGUCCAAGACACAUCCAACCAGGACCCAGCAUCUGUUGUGUCCCCAGAAACCAGCACUGAAACUGAGGUCCAAGAAACAUCUGCCCAGGACCCAACAUCUGUUGUGUCCCCAGAAACCGCUCAGGACACUGAGACGACAGCGAAGUCAGUGUCAAGUGACCAAGAAACAUCAAACCAGGACCAACCGGUGGAUCCACAAGAUAACCAGCAAACACCAAACCAGCAUCUGACCCCUGCUGUGUCUCAAGAUGCCAACAAUGUUACAGAGAGGUCAACAACUGUUCCAGCGGUCCAAGACACAUCCAACCAGGACCCAGCAUCUGUUGUGUCCCCAGAAACCAGCACUGAAACUGAAGUCCAAGAAACAUCUGCCCAGGACCCAACAUCUGUUAUGCCACCGGAAACCACUCAGGACACUGAGACGCCAGCGCUGUCAGUGUCAAGUGACCAAGAAACAUCCAACCAGGACCGACCGGUGGAUGAGCAGACAGCAGGGCCACAGGAUGAGGACCAAAGCUGAAGUACUCCCUACAUGAGUACACCAAAGAAUCAGGGGUUUCAUCACAGCACCAACUGCUGCAGGCAGGUGAACUCCAUGCAAAAGAUGCGACAGGUGCUUCAAGCUGUGCCAAACUAAAAUGAGUAUUUAUCAGCACAACCUUUGUUACUGUAUGGCCAUGCAUCCUUGUAUUUCAUACUUAGUUUAGCAGGCUCAUGUUCCUACAAGUAGCACAAAGGGAGAAAAUGAUUUUCAAAUGGAAACUGUUAUGAACUGAAUUAGUUUUAACACCAGCCGUGACGCUGGAAGUGGCCACAUUUGACCUGAGCCAAAUACUCAGAGCUUUACAGCAUUUUAAGCUGCUAACAUUCCAAAAGGAAGAAACACUGUUUGUACUGUCUCAAGGGAGGCUGUAUGGGUCAGUGGAAGAGAAUAACUUAACGGUUUGUUUAUGAAAUCUGCUUUUGAAGUGCAUUAAGUUUUAGAUUGUGUUUUUGAUGUUUUGUUUGUCUUUGCUUUCCUGUACUGCCUUUGCCCUACCAUUCCCUAUCAGUCCACCAGAGGUCAGGUCUUCACUCACUGUUUUUAUAUAUUUAUAUAACUUAUAUGUAAUAGAUAGAAUAAUUAGUUUUUAUUUAAAUUGUUGACCUGUUUCUAACUUCCUGUUUGAAAAGAGGCCAGACUUUGACAAUCACUCAAGCUGUGCCCCAAAUUCACACUACAUACUCAUUCUAAACAGUAUGUACAUUAGAUUUUAUUCAAUUUUGAAUUCUUUGAUUAAUAGUGUAUGUCCGAACCACUUCCACAUCAGAGCUCACAGGUAUAUUUGAAAUAUUAUCUGAUAUUUUUGAAGCUUGAUGACUCGACUGUGGUUUUGGAUUUAGUUACAAGGACAAUAAGAGGCUGUUCAAAUGUAUCUCAGCUUAUAACAUGACAAUAGUGACACCACAGCUACAGAACACGUGUCCCAUGGUUCAUUGUCACAGCAUCACUCAGGAGUCUAUCAUAUAACAAGUUAUUUCUCACUGACAGGAUUCGCCCAUGGCGGCUGUCGUGUGUGUUUGCACUGUGAAAUCAGCUGCUAUGUUCCACGUGCUGUGAGAUGUAAAUUGUGUAUAUAUUGUUAUAUAUAUAUAUAUAUAUAUAUAUAUAUAUAUAUAGAUUAAAUAUAUUUUGGAGUGCUGGCUGAACAGAACAAGUAAUGUGAAGUUGUCACUUUGCACUGGAAAGGUGUGCUUCAUCAUCUCCUUACAUUUCAUAGAUUUAUCAAAUAAUUUAUAUCUUGAUGUCAUCUUUAUUUCAUAGCUGUUUUUUGGCUUCCAACAUCUUCUUAGAAAUUAAAUGACUGUAUAUGGUUUGGGAGUGGGUGGAUGAGGCAACGCAGGGACUGUUUUCUGCGUAAUAAGGCCUUUUAUUUUGAUACUUUCGGCAAAAACGUCUGAACUUCUAAUAAGAAUAUGAAGACUUCUUCCACCUCUGUGCAGGUAACUGACUACAGAGUGAUUUAUUAGGAGCAAGCGUGAAAGAGACACACAGCCUCAUAGUCUUCUCCGUGCAGGUUAGCGAGAGGAACAAGCUCAUAUUGUGUGUUCGGAGUAAAAUGACAGACAUUUGCGAGUGUUGCACUCAUUUAGAGGUCACAACAUAAGUGCUACCUUCAGGAGGACUCUUCCUGAGCUUUGACAGCUCAGGGCAGGAGAGAAGAUGGAUGGAAUUUAAAUUUGAAGUGUGUGAAAGAGGAGGAGGAGGAGGAAGGUGGUGGUGGGGGGGUCUUUACAACAACACAUGCCCUGAGAGAGAAUACAGCCGAUGGCGCAGAGAUGACAGAGCGGCGGUGGUGAAAUCACAGUGAAAAGUGGACUAGGCUUUACAUGUGCAGACAGGAUCGACGCUGAAAUGAGCGAGAGAAGUGUCAGAGGGAUUUUUCUAUCCAGUUGUAUGGUUCAGGACUCGGGGAGGACAUGUUCUGACAAACCCUAUCACACUGCACUGACACUAACUUUCCUCCUGCCCACUGAGCGAUGAGCAGCAGCAGCUUCUCGCCUUCACUGAAAGUUGAAAUCCUCAUGAAUAAAACUCCAACUUUGUCUUGUUUUGAGACAGAAAGAUUGUGCAGCUUUCAAUAAAAGGGGAAACAUGGA